CCACGUACCAAGCGUUGUUUAGUUUGUCUCGAGGCACGACUGAGAGAGGUUGUACGCAAUCAUUGCUCUGUGAUGCUCUGUGAACUUGGGCCUCCCCAUCCAAACUGUGUCUGUGGUCGUGUGAUAAGAGCCAAGCCGAUGUGAUGCGGCCUCAGGAGAGAACAAUGAGGGUGAAGAUCCGUAGUUUAGUGCAGCAAGUGGCCAUAGCGUGCGGGGCGGUGACUGUCUGUGUGUUGGUAUUCCAGAAUUUAGCACAUAGUCUCCGUGACGCGGGAGAGACAGAGAGGGGAGCUUCCCCUAAGUUCCCCGUUGUGCACGGGUGGCAAGAGCGGGCGCCCAGGUCCCUCAAUAGAGACUAUGAACUGCCUGUAGCAGUAGACACUAACCUGGUGGGAGACACGGGCACCGAGGACGCCCCCGUUGCGAUACAAAAAUAUGAACAAUUGGACGAGGAGGAGGAGGAGAGACAACGAGGCAUCCUCAACGCCCUGGUGGCCACGGCGACGGCCAAACCCGCCACUACCCUCGACGACGUCUUCAUCAGCGUCAAGACCACCAAGAACUUCCACAAGACCCGACUUGACCUCAUCCUCAAGACGUGGUUCAACCUCGCUCGUCAACAGACGUGGUUCUUCACCGACACAGAAGAUGGCGAGUACUACCACAAGACAGGCGGUCACCUCGCUAACACCAACUGCUCCGCCUCCCACAACAGACGGGCGCUCUGCUGCAAGAUGGCCAGCGAGUUUGAUGCCUUCCUUCAGAGCAACAAGAGGUGGUGGUGCCACUUCGACGACGACAACUACGUGAACGUGCCCCAGCUGGUGAGCACCCUGGCAGACUACGAUCCCCUGCAGGACUGGUACUUGGGCAAACCCUCCAUCCGCGCCCCCCUCGAGAUCAUCAACAGGGACAACGUCUCGCAGAGGAUCUCUUUCUGGUUCGCUACGGGGGGCGCCGGUUUCUGCAUCUCUCGCUCCCUCGGCCUCAAGAUGAUGCCUAUCGCUGGAGGCGGCAAGUUCAUCAGCGUCGGGGAGAAGAUCCGGCUACCAGAUGACGUCACCAUGGGCUAUAUCAUAGAGCACAUGUUGCGCAAGAAGCUGACGGUGGUGGAUGAGUUCCACUCUCACCUGGAGCCCAUGAGGUUCGUCAACACCGACUCCCUCGCUAGACAGGUCAGCUUCAGCUACUCGCAGUACGGGAGUGAGAUGAACGUGUUGCCGAUUGAUGGUCUUGACACCCGCCUCGACCCCACCAGAUUGCUAUCAUUGCACUGCUUGUUGUUCCCAAACUUCAGCUACUGCGCCACAUAGCACCGGAGGGAGUUAGCACAAGAAUAUUUAGAUAUGUAGAAGAACCGAGUGCUAUAAUCUCAAAUUCAUUGCUGUGAUACUGGGUAGCGGCCCCUUGCUAGAGGAAGUAAGCAAGACGGCCUGUUGAGUGUUCAAGACGUUGGGUAUUUUUUCCAAGCCGUAGUAACUGUUUCACCUCACAGUUCAAUACAGAGAUCAGGCCUUUCAAAAUCGACUGGUAGCUGGUACUUGUAUCCGAGUAAAUUCUCCACAAGUACCAGGUGACUAGAUGCUUCACAAAUACCGGGUGACUAAAUUCUUCACAAAUACCGGGUGACUAAAUUCUUCACAAGUACCAGGUGAAGUACUAGGUUACAGCCACCACUUCCCCCUGCGAGGUUGAAGAAUCGUGUUGGAAGCCUGAGUUAUUAUCCACAUUUUGGUCGUCAGUCUGAGGGUGUGGAUCCUCUAGCCACUAAAUUGUGCCGUAGUCCUCCAUGAUCUGCCAAGUUAUAGUCAAAACAUUCCUUCAUCACGUGACACCAUGGAGGGGUGGUGAUCGAUUCACUGCUCCUCAAUAUAUACAACAAAAUCGCUUAUAACUCCAUUAGGUUGUCUACUCGAUAGCAUUGUAUCUUUCAUCUAAUGAUCUUUAAUAAAGUUACUCGAGUUGUUAUGGAUAGGAAGGACCUACUACGAACCUUCCUCAACUGUGAACAAAGAGUCAAAGACACUUACUCUCUUUAUUAGUUAACUGUUGUGUUGCUCAUCUCUAGUUUUAGGGAGGAUCUGUUAGUAGUGGUAUAUGAUGUGUUGGUUCACCCUCCCACAACCAAAAUUAUCGGUCUCAUGUGGAGGGGUGACGGUAUGGACCCCAGAGUAUUGUACCAGGAGAGCGUGGCAGGGCAGGGUGGGGAGGGGGGCAAGGGAGGCGUGAAUGGUACGAUGUAUGAAAGGAAGAGUAUGAGAGAUUAUGGCAAGAGUGAAUGGUCGACCAUAUAAGAGAGGGAGGGAGAGAAUGACAGCAGUGAUGUAUGAUAGCAUGAGAGAGAGAUAGAGAAAAUAAGCCAGGUGUGAGUGGAAGAAGACAUGAGAGAGAGAGAGAGAGAUAACUACAGGGGUGAGUGGACGAGUGCACGAGAGAGUGAAAGAUAAAGGCAGAAUGUAUUACUCAUAAUAAAUCUGCUCAUGAACAGAAUUCAUAUAUCUAUACUUAUAUUAUAUAUCUAUAUUAAUUUUUAGGAGUUUUGGCAACUGUAUUAAUGGUCCCUGUUAUGAGGAACUGAAGGUGAUGAUAUAAAAUUGACAAAAAAAAAUACGGUAAGCCUGUAAGAAAACUGACUUUACCAUCGAACAUCUUGCCAUUAUGGGAAGCCGAGGCUCUCCUGGGACAAAAAAAAAGACUCAUUGGUUGUACUGAUAGUGAGUGGUCUUUUUAAUCCCAGGAUGGUGGUCGGCGGCUUCCCCCUAUGGGACUUGAAGUACUGCAGAGUUCGCUCAAUAUUCUUCAUUAAAGAGUGUUUUAUGGUCUCUGGGUAAGUGAACACGUGUAAUUAAUGAUAUCAUCUGAUAUAUUUCCAUAUUCAUUUCAUAACAUCAGGUUUUUAAAGUUACAAAUAGCAGUUUUAUAUCUCCAUGACAUAUAACUUCUAAGCAAACGUCGUCAGCUGUUGAACAUAUAGUUACAUGUAAUUUUUAUAGUAAUGUAACAGGUCUUCCACUUCCCCUAAACACCCCCCCCCCCCAGAGAAUCAUACACCCUCUAUAUACAAAAAAACCUAUAAAAAAAAAGUCGAUUCUCCUUAAAAAAAAAGACAAUAUACUGUAUUCCAAUGUAACUCCUUUGACAAUCUCUAUAUAUAUAAGCUAGUCAGAUGUACAUUUCCUUUUUUUUUCUACAAGACGACCACUAUUAUAAUGUUUCCCUGCACUGUGAUAUGUAGUGUGCCUUAGACGAUCCGGGUCCACGAUUCUCAGAGGUUUGUAUGUUGAAAUUUUUAUCCUAACUGGAUGUAAAAUAUAUUGGCUGAGUUAUAACACCAAAUUACAUGAAAAUUACUUCAAAAUUACACUGAGACUCAAAAAUAACAUCUAAUAUGGCGUCCAGAUCACAUCAAGACUCUACCUUCAGUUAAAGGACAAAAUAUUCAACAUAUAUAAUCUUAAUGAAUCAGGAUCCAGACUUAUUUUUAAUUUUUAUACAAAAAAAAAUAUGUAAAAUUCUGAUCUAAUUUUUUUUGAAGAUUCGUUUGAUGUUGUUUCGAUAAUCAUAAAAUAUUAAUCGAAGAAAACAAACAGAUUUUUAUUGUAAAUUUCUCAGAUUAUUGAUAUAGUUAUUGUGUAUAAUUUGUAAAUAAAUAUAAAGAACUGUU